AUGGCUGGACGGCGACCGGCAUCAGCUUAUACUGCGCGACGAACUAGCGGAACUAGCGGCUGCAUCUGGCGACACGGCACAGAUGUGCAGAUUCCACUCUUUUCGGGAGUGGUGCCCGGCAUCCUUUACACGCCGAUCAGGUGGCCUGAUUUCAUCCUGAUCAUGGCACCAGGCAGCAAUGGAGGGAUGGGUCCGGGAAUCGAUGCAGCUGACAGAGGGCUGCCCUUGACGAAGCGAACGUCUAGAGCCGCCCGAAAUUCUAUCUACGCACGGCUUGGCGCAAGCUUUGCCAACAGCCUGGACCUAAGCUUCGAUGGUGACGUAGUGGCUCAGGGCCCUCAGUUACCUGUCUGUGCCGGCCUUCAAAUCUCUUGGCGUCAUUGCGUGGGUGGCACAGCCUGGCCGAAGCGCAAGUUGAAGCACCUCAGCUCUUUGCGCAUCGCUGCUGAGGACAUCGUAGCAGCUGUGUCCUUCAUGAGAGAGCGCUAUGGUGAUAUGCCAGUCAUACUCGUCGGCUUCUCGUUUGGUGGCCCUGCAGUGUGGGCCGCAGCUCAGCGCUGUGAGGUGCAUGGUAUGAUUGCGCUUGCAUCAUCCGCUCGUGGCGGCGAGCGCUUUGAGCAUGCGGGUUUAGACACAGAAGCAGGCAUCAGGGCCGCGGUGCAUCGAAACCUGCCUGUCCUCUGGUUGCAUGGACUCGCAGACCGCAACGUGGAUCCUGCCGUGACGGCACACUUUUCGAGCCUGGCCGAGAAGCACCAGGAAACGGCAGCUACGAGCUCCAAGCUCACGGUCUGCAUGAUUCGAGCGUGUGGUCACAUGUUCGACAGCAGCCGGAUCCUCGCCUACCAGGUGCUUCGGGCCUGGCUUCUUUCCGUCUUCGGCGGCCCAGCCGAGUGGCCACUGGGACUCGGCGGACUCGGACUCGCCAAGGCGAAAGCGAAGGCGGAGCCAAAGCCUUGCUUGAGGCUCCUGCUCGGCUCACAAAGCAGAGCGGAACCCUUGGACCUGCCGGAGGUGAAUCGCGAGAAACUGCGCAAGAAGCACCUGAAGGGCUACAGCGAGUAA